AUGGAGAAGGUAUUGAAAGGUACCAAAGGUCGCCUCCGUGAAGCGCAAGUCUUCUCUUAUGCGUUUUUGCACCCGGUUCGAAACUUGAAUGGGCGCAAGCUCAAAAAGAGUCCUGUAGAGAAAAAGGGGAGGGGCAAACCUGCCGAUGCAGAAAAAGUGCCCAACAGUGGCUAUGAAGCGUGCACUUCUGACCUGGCCAGCACCCCAACGGCGGAGAUGGCCAUGGGGGCAGAUGAAACGGAUAAUAAUGUUUCUUGGAAAGAGGUAUUGAUUGAUCUUCCUGCGCAAGACGCUGCCGAAGAGUCAGAAACCUCUCUGGAGAAUGCAAAGGCGGGUGGCUGUGACAGCAGCCCAACGCUGAUGGAGAUGGCCAUGUGGGACGCUGAGGUUGCUAGAAGGCAGCUUGAGGUGGCGAGGAAUGUUGCAUGCAUCUACAAAUAUUUGUCUGUCUUGAGUGCCUGCAAAGAUAAUGCAGUGAUUGGCAUACGCAGUGCUGAGGCCUUAGAGACUUCGACGCAAGGCACGGGCGGGGAAAACAAGACGGAGUAG